GGUGGCAGCUCGUGGGAACGCCUACUAAUCGUUGAACCCUGCUUGUUACAGUUUUACAAUACCAGUCAGCCAAUAUUAACGUACUAUACUACCGGAGGUACGCAAAUGUGCAAGGAUGACAUCAAGAUCAACAUAUCUGAUUCUGAUAUUUACUUGCUCAGAGGCUUUAGGCGCUGGUGGAUGCCUCCAACUCUUCUCCACGGUAAUUUUUGUACGCUCGCUGGCAAGUCUGGUACCAGUGCCCCCUAUAACACCAUGAAACUAACUUCUACAAAUGAUAAACAAUUCCCACCACCCAACGGAACUGCUUGGAAUAGCACAGAAACUUUACUUUUUGCCACGAAUGACUCCGUCUGUGGCGUGUUUCGUGUAGAUUUGUUCAGCGAUGAUGAUCCAACAUACCCACCACGCAAUGGGACUCCUUGGAAUAGCACAGAAACUUUACUUUACGCAACAAAUGACUCCGCCUGUGGCGUGUUUCUUGUAGAUUUGCUCAGCAAUGAAGAAAGCAAAUUUUAUGAAGUCCGGGUGAGGAACGCAAGAGGCAUUUAUAAAAUAGCGGAAGUCUGCUUGAAUUACUCAACAGCGACCCUCAAGCAGAAGAGCUUUACUAAUUGUACGAUAUAUCAGUAGAAUUU